UUCCUGCUUCUUGGCAGGGGGUUGGACUGGAUGGCUCGUGGGAUUUCUUCCAACUCUAUGAUCCUCCCAGAAAUCCCAGCCAGUUUAGCAGAUGUCAGGAAUUGUAGGUGAAAAUACCUAGAGGCCCAAAGGUUGGGAAUCACUGUCAGUUAGAUGCACCGUUUGCUCCCUUUGAAAAGGGAAGGAGGCUGGAAGCAGUGUAGAGAGACAGUGGGACAAAGCCUGCCCCUGGCUUCUCCCUCUCUGCGGUCCAAGGUGGGCUUUUCCAUGGAGGGGAGGAGCAGAGGAGGGAAGCGUGGAAGAGGAAUGCGGCUGCGUGGGGCUGAUGCUGGCCCAGCCCUCCCUUGGAACCAUUGAUGCUUCCAGUGCCUCCUUCCUCUAGUGCUAAAGGAGAGAGAAGGCCUGCUCGGCUUUGGCUGCUGCUGCUGCUGCUGCUGCUUCGGCAAGGCUUGCUCCUCCUCCCUGGCCGGGAUUGCUCCACCUCCCUCCCUCCAGCUCCGGCAAUAGCAGCAGCAGCAGCAGGAGCAGCUGGCCGGCUGUCCUGUCCUCCCUCCUUCUGGGCCCGCCAUGGCUGGAGCGGGUGCCGCCACCUCCUCCUCCCCGCCGCCACCAGUGCCUCCCAUGCCCCUGGCCAGGGAGGCGGCCCAGGAGGAGGAGGAGGAGGAAGAAGAAGAGGAGGAGGACACCCCACCCCGGGCCCUGGUGCCACGCUCCUCCCCGGUGCCCAGGCCUGGGGGCAGCAGCUCUUCCUCAGAGGAAGAAGAAGGAGGAGGAGGAGGAAGGGAAGAAGAGCCCCCUCAGCAUCCUUGCUUGGCCAGACCCCUUUCCCAGCAGCCUCCAGGCCUCCCUGGACCACUCUCCCCACAGGAUGGCCCAGGCCCGCCCUCCCAGGAUGCUCAAGGGCAUCCCUGUCCCGCCACCCAGCCCUCGCCACACGCCCCCGGCCGGCACGUGCUCUUCGCCGACGCCUUGGGCCUGCCCUUGGCCCGCUGGCGCCGCUACCAGCCCUGGCCGCCCCCUUCGCCCGACUCGCCCCCCGAGGUGCUGCCCCCCGACCGAGCGCCCCUCUCCCUGGCCACCCCCUACCUCUUGCCCGCCUUCGUGCUGCAGCCGGCGGGGCAAGGUGAGCCGGAGCGGCUGGAGCGCCUUCAGGAAACCAAGGUGGAGCUGGAAGAGGUGCUGCCCCCGGAGCCCGGGGAGCCCCGGGUGCUGCGGGGCACCGUGCGGGUGCUCAACGUCUCGUACAACAAGGCGGUGCACCUGAGGGCCAGCCGGGACCGCUGGCAGAGUCAUCGGGACUACCCGGCCCUCUACAUCCAAGGAGGCUCUCCGGACGGGGGGCUGACUGACCGCUUUGCUUUCCGCCUGGACUUUGGGGACGAGAAGGAAGAGGAGGACGAUGAAGACGGGGCCCGCCUUGAUUUUGUGGUGCGGUACCAGACCGACGAAGGGGUCUACUGGGCCAACAAUCAGGGCAGGAAUUACAGCGUAUUCCUGAAGGGCACAGCACCUUCCCAGUGUCUGCCCAAGAGAUCAGGCAAAGACGUGGAAUCACGCCAACUCAAGAGCUGCAUGAGGCCAGUCAAGACCAGGCCAGGCGAGAGUGAGCUGCGAUUAGAAGACGGAACUCAACAUGUCAGUACUGAAGAAUGGAAUGAUGAAAGGGAUCCAGCCAGUGAAUUUCCAAACCCUCCUGCAACGCAGCCCCAAGGUUUUAUGAUGCAGAUUCCAGAACUCACAAUCACCACAAAUUCUCCUGAAAAGAAGGAGCCUUUCAAAGACUAUCCUGUGGAUCUCAAUGACUUUUCACAUACAUUUGAUUUCAAGGUUCAUCCUACAUCCUAUGAGGAACUGAAAGUGCCAUGGGGCUUCAUGCCGGGAACUGAUCCCCAUCCUUUGGGGCAGUUAGAUGUGCCUGACUUCAGCAGAAAUGAUGUUACCACAGAAGGCUCUUUCAUGGAAGAGUGCAUGGAGGACCAGUUGAGAAGGUACCAAGAACUACCCUAUCGCUUGGAGGAAGAUGCCAUUGACCGUGAACUGGAGCAGCUUUACCUAUCCCAUUUGAGCCGGCUCCGAGCAGAAGAGCUUGGAGGAAAAGGGGAGUGGCCCGAGGAGGGUUCAGGCAAUCCUGGCAACUCAGCAUCCUCUCUCAUUGCCUUGCGGCAGAGCAUCUUAACUGACCGCGACCUGAUAGUCAACUGGACAGGCCCCGAGAGAGCACUCAACAGCUCCCUGGCAGAGGAAAUCACCCUCCACUAUGCCAAGCAGCGGAGCGAUGACUCCAGAGACAGUGAGGAGGAAGGAUUCACACCAGGGUAUGCAACCCUUGCACCACCAGAGUUUAUGGGACAAGGCCGUGAGAGUCCACCGGUUUUAUUAGAAGGCUGCUUCCGAAAUCACUUGGAAGAGGGAAGUAUCCAGCAAAGCUCCACUGAGGACUCUGACUCUUUUGCCAGCCUGAGAGUGGUGCCACCCAACAACAUACGACCAGCUAUUCAGGAGGCCACGGUGAUGCCUCUGAUGGUCCCAGCGCGGACAGUAGUGCCCUUACCAAAGCGGCUCACUGAACUGGCAUCCAGCCCUCUUGGUGCCCAUGGACAGAGCAAGAAUCCAGGCCUCUUGAUAGGGCAAGGCAGCCUCUGGCUAGGGGAGGGACUUCAUGUCCACAAGCCCCCCAAAGCCAAUUCCAGUUCCCAUAGUGAGCUUGAAAAGAUCCUGAAACGCUCCCUGCAGUUCCUCAGCCUCUUUGUCUUCCUACCUGUGGUCUUCAGCAGCUGCAUGCCCCUGGUGGCCGUUACACUUUACCUCCUCCUAGAUUGGUUCUCAUAGUUUGAAGGCCUUCUUGGAGGUGACAAAGGGUCCAUGAAGGGGACCUUCAGUAGUUUGGCUCCAUCCCCAUUUCUUCUGAACAACCAUGGUUUGUAUUAAUAAGAGGGACAGGGAAACAGAGAGAAAGAGGACAACUCAAAACCUUUGGGGAAAUCUAAGUCUUAAAUUAUGGUGGCUCAAAAUUUCCAAAGUCCAGCACACUUUUUUCAGUUGUUUCUUUUUUUGUGAGAGGCAGAUGAUUAGGCAGAUUUAAAAGUAAUUAUUUCUGAUAACAAGGUUGGGCAUUUAUCAGCACCUCCCUCUCAUGGCCCAUGUGUCACAAAGAGCACACUGCUCCAGCAGCACUCCUAUUCUCUCUUUGCACAAAACACCCAUGAAGGACAGAGGCAAUGUGGACAUUUCUUGGAUUGCAGCAGGUCAGUUAUGGGAACGACUAAGGAUGCUUUGUCCAAGAGCUGCCUGCACACCCCACAAAUCAUAGAGCUGGCACUGUGUGGCAUGUGUCUCAUUUUUAUCUAGUAUUACAUUUUUCCCUCUCAAAAUCAGAUUUCCAUGUUGGGACUUUAUAGGCGUUUAUCUGAUUGUCUCAGUCUUCUUCUUUUCUUCUAUCUACCUUUCAGAGGCCCAAAUUCUAUCUGCAGUGUGUUUCUUUGGGAAAUGAGUUGCAUACAUGUAUUUCUGAUUUAGGAUUGAUCAGAAAAUUUCUGAAAAAAUAUCAUAUAGGUAUACUCAUAAGCACAUAUAUGAAAGGAAAAGCAUACAGAUUCAACUGCAUAUGUAAGAUGGGCACUUUAAGGAUAUCUUUUAAGGCAGUGGUUCUCAACCUGUGGGUCCCCAGAUGUUUUGGCCUUCAACUCCUGGAAAUCCUAACAGAUGGUAAACUGGCUGGGAUUUCUGGGAAUUGUAGGCCAAAACACACGGGGACCCACAGGUUGAGAACCACUGUUUUAAAGGAAGACUAUACAGGUAUAAUUGCAUAUUUAAGUUAUCUCCUCUGCAGAAAUUUUGACCUACUACCUGUUUUGUGGAAAAGUAAAAGAAAACACAUUUAAAAGGAGAUAAAAUAGACUAUUUUAAAAUCUUAACCUAUACCUUGAACACUGACUUUAAAAAAGAGAAACGUAAUUUUAAAAAUAUCCAUGUGGGAAUUCUGAAAAAGGGGAUUUUUUUAAAAAAUCAAAAGAUUUUUAUGAAGACAGCCAGUGCCCAUUCUGUAUAUGGAGUAUCUAGUGGAACUAGUUUCCCGGGCAGGCUGGAGGUUUCAGGGGCCAUUGGGUUACAGUCUCAGGAGGUCCCCCUGGAUGUGGCAACCAUGCAGUGGUAAUUGGCUACCCAGCUAGCCUGUGUCCUGUUGUUCUCAAGGGCUUAGGCAGAUAAUAAAACCAUUAAGAAUAAACUUAAGUUGGCUUAGUAAAAAUAAAAAAUAUGAAAUGGAGUGAAAUCUUAACCACUCCUACUUAAUCCUGUUACGUUCCAAUUCUUCUAGAAAGCAGUCAAGUUCAGAAAGAUUAGCCAAUGUAGUACUCAGUGAGCAUUUUUGUAUGCCAUGACAAACUAUGGUUUGUAGUAACUGUUAUUUGUCACAAAUAUUGUAUAGCAGACAGUGGAAAAACUCCUGGCUUCCAUUUGCUAUUUUUGAUUACUUUAUGGUUUGUUUAUUUUCUUCUCCAGCCCCUUUUGUCAGCUCCUUUUAAGUGAUGGGGGUCACAUAUCACAACAAACCAGGGCCCUUCCACACAGCCCUAUAUCCCAGAAUAUCAAAGCAGAAAAUCCCACAAUAUCUGCUUUGAACUGGGUUAUCUGAGUCCACAUUGUCAUAUAUUCCAGUUCAAAGUAGAUACUGUGGGAUUUUCUGCCUUGAUAUUCUGUAAUAUAAGACUGUGUGAAAGGACCCCCAGAUUUCAGAUAAGCACAUAAAGGUUUAUCAUGACAUGCAGAUGAAGCUAAAAUGUUAGUAGUAGUUUCAUGUAAAAAUAACAGAAAGAUGUACAAUUUAACCUCCACCAAAUAGCCCACUUUUUUUGUUCGUAGGAUGCAACAUUAUAAGAGUUUGUCCACAUAUGCAUGCAUGUAUGCCAUGAUCUACCAGGCCAUUCUCCUGUGCAGGCUCAAUGAAAUUAAGGAGAGCUGUGGAAGUACCAUGUAUUCAGUACAUUAUAGUGCUUUCGGAGAGCUCUUCUUAUUCUAGUGAGGUUUUUGCAGGCAAGAAUUGCUUUUGAUUAUGUUCUCUAAUCCCCUAAUUUCACAUUACCUUAACAGAAUGGGCAAACAGAAAGAUGCUUUCCAUUUCCCAAAGGGUGUUGACAUUUCAGGGUUUUUUUCCUCAUCAAACUUCUUCAACAUCUAGCCACUCCCAUUCCAUAUGGUCUCAAAUGUGGGGCACGCAAGUUCCUCCCAUUGCCACAAUCCUACGCUCGCAUUCUAGCUGCUCCACGAGAGAGAAUUUUCAGACUGCUGACUCUGCUUGAAAGGACUGCUUUCUGCUCAUGGAUCCACCCGUGCUUCUCAGCCACCAGCAAGGUCUGACACAGAGAACUCCAGGAAAGCUCCCCUAAACAGAUGGUCCUGUAUUUAUUUUUGUAUUUUUGUGAAAAGGCCUGACCUUUUCUACUAUAGAACUCACCCCAAGAUAGAGAGAUUUUAUUUAUUGAUCCAGUAGUGGUUCAGACCCAGACUGUUGGGUUACAUGGAAGAUGAAAAUAAUUUAUUACUCAUUAUCUAUGUGUGUGUGUUUGCGUGUGUGUGUUGUAUGCAGCGGAAAGAGAAGACUGGAAACAUCAUGUGCAAUAGGCUGAAGUGAUAUUGAACUCGCCAUGGAAAGAUGACCCACCCACUCCCAUUGCUGCUAAACAUGCUUUCGUGAACUUCCUCUUGAAUGUUGUGCUGUCAACGGCUGCUGUGAUCAUAGUUGAUGAAGCCUUAUGGAGGAAGAAGGAGGUGUCUGUAUGAGUUCAGAGGCUAUUUCCCUCUUUGGAUCCAAACUUGGUUCUAUUUUCCCCAUCCAGUAAUGAUGCUUUUAUCUAGGGAAUGUAGGGAUGGGGGGGUUGGAAGGCAGAAUGUUUUUGCGCUUCAUGAACAAAGAUCAGAAUCCAGUCUUGAUUUCACGAAUGUCAGUGGAGAAAACUUGUAUUUGCCGAACAGAAGUUGAGAUGAGAAUGUAACUAGCAGUCACAGCUAUGGGUGUUUGUGUGUGUGUGUGCGUGUGUGUAUGCGUGCCCACACAUGUGAGCAUACCUUUUGUUGGUUUAUUCCAUUGUGGUGGUCUUCUUCCUUUUGCCACUGUUUCCUCUUUUGCCUUAGUCAACUUGUCUGAGCCUCACCCUCACAUCCCCCCAUCAGAGAAUUGUUUUGUGUGCAAACGUACCUGAAGGCACCUGUUCCAUCACACAGCAGCUUUGGAAGUCCUUAUUGGUACACAGAAGAGUGGUUGUUCAAUGUGUACAAUAGUGACAUUUCAUACAUGUAAGGAAGCAUUGGGCAAAGCCAUUGUGAGAAUGAGGUGAGAUGGUUGCCACAGAUGACUUCAGUGAAAUUUAAUAAUCCAAAUUUAGUUUAGAUACUUAGGAAGCCAAGUUCAGUUUCCCUCUUACAAUGAAAGAGUGCCAUAUUGGCCUGGCUUGCUUGCUUUAUUACACAGUUUUAGGACUUAUUUUUUCUUGGCUGUGCUAUUUCAGACUACAGGGAGAUUCACAUCAUUGUUUAACCACACAUUGGGUUCCUUUGCAUAGAAAAUUAGCAUGUUUUGGGAAAGGCUGGAUUACAAGCUUUUUUUCUUCCAUUCAGACAUUUUUUCCCAAAGGAAGAGUUUACUUAUCUAGUCCCCCGCUUUGGGUUUGAUGCAGUACAGCCUUGACACUACAAUAAAAAGUAAAUCUAAGCAUAUAUAUAGAUAUACAGCUCUACUUUGGUCUUGCAUUGGCCCUAUUUUGGUUGUCUCCUAUGUAAUGAGUAACGCUGUACCAACCAUGUUGUCAGUUUACAAAAGAUGGUGGCCCCUUUCCUUAAACAGCAAUAAUUAUUUAGAAAAUCUAGUAAGAACUGUAUUAAAGUUUGGGUACUACAUUUUCUAGGUGCAUUCAGGAAGGCAUUGUCUGAUGUAUAUACCAAUCUAGUAUGUUAUUUUGUCUGUAAUAUGUGAACAGGUUACAGAUAGCACACUAAAUUCCUGUGUGUCCUGAUAUGUGCAGCCUAGAAACACUGAAUACAGAGAAACCAAGUCUCACAUAACCAAGAGAUAUUAUUCAUUCCAUAUGUGCUCAGGCUGGCAAAUACAGGCAUCCCAUUUCCUCCUUUCUUCAAGGAAAGGUAGAUACAUUUGUAAGGCAUUUGCAUGCCUCCAAGCCAGCUCAGUGGAGAGAAACUUAGGGUUUACUAGUACAAAUAUUCAAUGAUAUUGAUUUCACCACAUUCGCCUUUACUUUCUUUAAUGUCAAAAGAUAGAAUGCCUUAUCCCACUUAUAGAAAAAAAAAUUCCAAAAGUUUCCAAGCUGGAACAAGAUUCUGCCACUCUUCUGUGACUAACAUUAGUAAAAAUCAGAUAAUGACAGCUAUAGCAUUGUAGCAGAAAGGAAUUAACAAUAUCUGGUUCAAGUAACAUCUCGCUUUAGUUAUAAACUUACUCAACCUCAGUCCUCAAACUAGAAAAUGAGAUGAUAAUAGUGCCCUCUCUCACCUCCCCACCAACUGAGCUUGCAGUGGUGGUGUGACUGAGAGAAAGGCCUUCUGAGGAUCUCAGAAGCUAGAAGUCUUUCCCCCUCAUUCUUGCUGCCCUUUGUCUCUAACUGUGAGAUAAAGGAUAAGAUGGAACAUGUGGUUUCAGAGGUGUGUGUGUGUUUGUAUAUGUAUGUGUGUACACGCGCCAUCUGAGCUGUGCCUGCAUUGAAAGCACUAAUAAAACAUCCUGACCACAACAA